AUGGAAGACUCUACUGACGCACUCCAACUCAAAAUCAUAGUCAUUGGUGAACCAUCCGUCGGCAAGACAAGUACCAUCAAAAAGUACUGCCACGGGGUAUUUGACCAACUGUACCGAGCUACCAUUGGUGUAGACUUUGCUGUCAAAUUUGAGAAAGUUGAUGACAAGGAGGUUGAGUUAAGAUUAUGGGAUAUUGCUGGUCAGGAGAAGUACAUUGCAAUGACACGAGUCUACUAUAAUGGAGCACAUGGAGCUAUUAUUAUGUACGACGUCACAGCGCCGAAUACAUUUGGAGCGACCGAUAAGUGGAAAGAAGACUUGGAAUCGAAAGUUAAGUUUAACGAUCAACCCAUUCCAGCCCUCUUGGUCGGGAAUAAAGCAGAUCUUUUAAGCGAAGAAGAAAUGAAGACGGCCGAGAAGGAAAUGCGAGCGAAAGUCGAAGAACAGAAAUACGCCGACGGGAUCUUGACUAGCGCGAAAAGCGGACUGGCCGUUGAAGACGCUAUGAAGAAGAUUACUCAUCUCAUUUUCGAACGUUUUAAAGAACUCUCAAACCCCGCACCAGACCCUAAUAAUGUCGAUCUGUCCAAACAAAAACCAAAAGAUGGGGAAAGCUCAGGUUGUUGCUAA